AUGAUACUCCAGUUUUCGUUCACGAAUCUAAGAGUCGUGUCCGCUGAAAUAGACUUCGUAUCUCCGUUUAUCACGCCAUGUUACGCUCGGGACUCGCAGUGCUUGCGGGCGUCGACGCAGCGCGCGGUGCCGGUGGUGGCGGCGGGGCUUCCGGAACUGGGGAUGGAGCCCCUGGACCCCAUGACCCUGGACGGGAUCGUGGCGGACCAGUCCGGCCUGCACAUGGAAUUUAGGAACACCGUAGUUAAGGGCUUAAGGAACUGCGAGGUGAUGAGAGUUAAACGUUACUCUCAGCGCACACAACUUGACGUGAAGUGCUCGGUGACGCUGGUGGGCGACUACCAGCUGGGUGGGCUACUACUCAUCAUGCCAAUCGAGGGCCACGGCAGAUACAAGAUCAAAAUACGUGAUAUCCUGGUGAAGAUGGAGUUCGCGGUAGGCGAGCGCGAGCGGCAAGGCCAGCGCUACUGGACCGUGGAGAACUGGCGGCACUCUUCUGAGGUCCUCACUGGCGCUGAGUUCCGCUUCCAGAACUUGUUUGGCGGCAAUACACAGCUGGCUAACGCAGUGUUAGACUACGCGAACAGCAACUGGCGCGACAUCUUCGCGGAAGUGUCGCCACCUAUCGUGGAGGUGAUCGUGUCCAAGAUAGUGAGUGAGGUGCGCAAACUGUUCGACGCCGUGCCCAUCAGUGACCUCAGCCUCGACUGAAGU